CUUUCUCUCAGUGAAGAUUGUUUAGGACAAUGCGCACGCAAUGUACUUUGAGUGGUUGAUUUCUUCGUUUGAACCUUGGAUAUAUAUGUCCAUUAGAUGGAGGGGGCGGGGUUUGUGACUAUACUGAGUCCAGCCGCCUGGAGGCGCUCGAGACGCUCUGCUUCACUCUGCAGCGCUCGUGAGGAUCACUCGGUGUGCGCAUGCGCGAGAGACUGAGAGCUGUACGGUGAGAAGUUGAUUGAAGAGAAAGAAGAAUUGAGUGAAGUUGAGGAGAAAAAUCAUGUCAAAAGUGGAGAAAAACCCAAACAGAAAUAUUUAAAGAAAAAAAGGGCCAUGAAAUCUUUCACCUGCACUCAGUGUGGAAAGAGUUUCACACACAAACAAUAUCUUGAGCGUCACAUGAGAGUUCACACUGGAGAGAAACCGUUCACUUGUGAUCAGUGCGGGAAGAGUUUCAGACACUCAUCAAGCCUUAAGCAUCACAUGAACAUCCACACUAGAGAGAAACUGCACACAUGUGAUCAAUGUGGCAAAACAUUUUUGAGAGCUUCAUACCUGAAGAAACACCUGAGAGUUCAUACAGAGGAGAAGCCAUAUUCAUGUCAUUUGUGUGAAAAGAGUUUUUCGCGUCCAGAACAUCUAAAAGUGCAUCAGACAGUUCACACUGGUGUGGGAGAGUACAUUUGCUUUGAGUGUGAGAAGACUUUUACUUCAGCGAGCGGUUUAAAACAGCAUGAGAUGAUUCACUCUGGAGAGAAACCUUACAAGUGUUCACACUGUGACAAGAGAUUCAGACAGUCAGGAUCCCUGAAAACACAUGAGAGGAUUCACACUGGAGAGAAACCGUAUCACUGCACUGAAUGUGGGAAGUGUUUCAAUCAAUCUUCUGCUCUACACAGUCAUAUAAAAAACAAUCACACAGAUUCAACUGAGAUUCAGAUCAACUCAAAGAUGGAGUUCCUCCUCGAAGAACAAUGUCAAAAGUUGUAUUCUUGUGUAUCAUUUUGCUUUAUGAAGUAAAUGAUAUCAUUGUACUUUCUUAUGGGUUUCAUGUUAUGUUCAAUAAGUUUAAUAAGCAGUAUUGUAACAAUAGUAAUACCAUAAAAACCUCACCGAUACCCAUCUAUACUUGUCAGUAGGAGAGAGAUCCAGCUCAUUAGUUUUCACUCUAAAUGUAAUUAUUGAUUAAAUGUUACUUUCUUUUAUUAAUACACUGUUAUCUUUUUAUAUUUUAUCAACAACUUUUAUUGUCUGCUGAUUGUAUUUGAAUCAGAAAAAAGUAAUUUUAUAAUUUUAGUUUUAAUAUCUAAAAGCUAUGAAGUAUUAUAAUUGCUUUUAAAUUUCUCAAUAAAGCUUUUAUUUGCUUAAUAAACUAUAUUUU